GUGUCACCGCGGUCGCCGCCUUCCUGGGCCCCCGAUUGGGUGACCCGUGGGAAUACCUCAGUCUGCUCCCCGGUCUGAUUGGUCCGAGGGCGGUCUGUCGCGAGCCGGGAGGAUGCACCGCACCGGGCGCCCACAGUUCCUGCAGUUCAGCGCAGGGGGACGGAUCGGUUGUCGAGGAGUGGGACUACGUGCAGCGGCCGAAGCCUUCACCUGACCGAAUCGCCCUUAGUAAAUACGGGAGACGGUGCACUCUUCGCUGCAGACAACUGACCGGUGCCUCGCCGGCGCAGGACUUGCGGACACAGCAUCCCGAGCUUAACCGAAGGACGGGAAUGAUUUGCGAGCAGACGAAUGGAACUCGGUGGAGGGGAUACCCGUUCCAGCCGUCGGGGUUUUACUGCAUCGUAACACACACCCGCAGCUUCUGCGUGUAAGUCUGCGGGCGAUCGGGGCAUCGCCUCCUGAGCUCCCCGGGGAUCGGGGCCGGCGAGUCUCCCCGCCGCUCUGUGGAUGAGCGGAGCGCCGAGCGCGUCCAGCGCAUCUAUAAACGCGUGUGCGCGCACAGCCCAAGCCGACUGCGUUUGGAGGAAAACCGAGGGGAAAAGGCGCUGAUGUGACAUUGAACCUGGGCUCCGAUCGUGAAAAUGCACGCAGGGGGACGGAGGGGGAAAUAUUUGGUUUCAGUAACAAGAACCGGAUCAUUUUGAUACUUUGUUAAGUGGAGGUCCGAUGCUGAGGCAACAGCUGAACGGAUUUUCACGGGUUUCCGCACGGGGAUGAUGAACCGAGUUGCUUUAUUUUUUCUUCUAAAUUUGUACUAAGACACGACUUUGACCGAGGAGCCAACUAAGUCCGUCGGGGUAGCGGCCAGCCGAGACCAGAUUGAAAAAUGUACGAUCGCCAGGAAAUUGAUUCGGGAGAUGUGCAGCCCGAGUCGCGCCGCCUCGCCUAGCCCAGAAGGUACCCAGACAGCCCGGGCACAGUUGCGGGACUUCGGGAUUAAUCAUGGAACCACGGUUUUGUGCCCGAUUCCUACCGGUGUGAGGGAGAUUGACCAGGGCACUGAUACUGAUCUCUAUGGAUCUCUGACUUGCAACACCCAACGAUUAAUGAGCUGGUGCCGGGAAUUCCUGAUCGACUGGCUGAAGAAGACGGGACCAAAUAACAAGGUGGAGCUGGCAGAAAUCCGAUGCGACGGAGCGCCCCCUGGCUGUAGACCUCCACUGGUGCGACAUGUUGGCCUGCUUGCAGAGGAGGCAGAACCCCGCGGAGCAGCGGCUGCCUUGUGGCAGCAGGAGCCUGGAAGCCCCACCCCCUGUCAGCAGGAAAUGUGAGCAGGCUGCCCUGGCCAACUCGAGGAGGUAUCCCAGCCCAGCAGAGCUGGAUGCCUACGCCCAGAAGACCUCGGACAGCCCCCUGUCCAUCAAGAUCUACCCCACCAAUGUGCGGGUUCCACAGCACAAGCAUCUCAGUCGGUCUGUCAAUGGCUUCGACACCUCAGGCCUCCGCUAUGGCUCCUACGCACACUUCCACUCGGGGGGGUACCGGGGGCUGCUGGCUAUCGCUAAACUCAACCCCGCCCCUGCAGCCAAAGGCGUGCUCAAAAACCCGGAGGGCAGGCGGACUAAAGUCUCCCCAGUACAAGUCGCUGUGGCACCGUACCCACUGCCCGGCAAUGCUACCGCGACACACCGCCACAGGCACACGGGCUACCCGCCGGCGCCCCAGAAGCCCCUGGAGGUGCCUGUCCCGGGGGGCCGAGGAUUAGCUCCGCCCAGCCAGUCCGGUCUCCCUCCCAUCCAGAACUUCAUCUACCAGAUCAACCAACACUGCCAGUCCCAGGCCCCAGGUCCUGGGGUGUUGGCAGCCAGAGGGGCGAGCGCCAGCCCCUCCCUGCAGAUCGCUGCCGUGGCGGCCGUGGCUCGGCCCAGCGUCCCUCCUGUGGGCUUCGCCGUGGGUGAGGGCCCCCAGGACGGCCUGGCAUUCACAGGGGCAGUGCUGCCCGCUCAGGGUGCGGAGAUGGCAAAGGCUGGGGCUUACGUGGACAGUAUUGAUUAUAUCCUGUGGCAGCAGAAACAGCAGCAGCAGGUGGCACUACGGAUGUACAGCACAGGCAGUGGAGGGGGUGGGACCAUAAGUCGGUCCCCAAAAACGUGUAUUCCUGGGGGUGGGACCCAGGGCUCUACCAGGCCUUAUCUGAUUGGGGGUGGGGCUAUCACUGGGGGUGGGUUGGACCGGCUAAGCUCCUCCCCUUUGAACUGCACCGCUAUGCACGGGAACUUCUCAGUGGGCCAGUACUUCCCGCCGCCCUGGAACAGCGUGCUGGCGACUCCUGACAGCGACUGCUACAAUCCCCAGGAGCUAGCAGGGGGUGGUGUGGGCGGAGCCCGGGAGCAGGCCCUGCCCCUCCACGCCCCUGCGGGCUGCAGCGGGGGUCCGUGCUGCUCCCUGCCCACCAAAGGCCUGUGUGUUGGCUCCACCCUCAGUAGCAGCCUUCAGUCGCUGGAGUUCCUGAUCAGUGGCAUCCGCCCGCCCUGCAUUAAGGAGCAGAUGCUGGGGAAAGGGUACGAGACUGUGGGCGUGCCCAGGCUGCUGGACCACCAGCAGGCACACAUCCGGCUACCUGUCUACAGAUGAGAACCGGGUUCUCUCUAGCCUCUAUCUAGCCUGUAUCUAAAGGUGGGAACCUUUAGCAUGAGCAAACCUAGAUCUGUGUGUGCCUGUAUUAAUGUGGGGGUGUUUCCAGUGGGUUCUGAUGGAAACCGAGCUGUACUGGGAAACUGGAGUAUGUAGGGCAGGUGUAGAAAAGCCCUGAUGUUUUCUGAUUGGUCACUGUGCUGUUCCAGCCAGUGUCCUGCAAAGGUAGUUUCUGUUCAGGUUUAGCAUCUUUUUGUCCUUUAUUUUUAAUGGAAUUUUUUUUGGACAUUAAAGGGCUCGACUCGAGGAGCUCAGCCAAGUCUGCUCCCAAAACUCCACUAAGGUGUUCUCUGUGACCUGGAGCUCUGGUCUGUGGGGCGUGUAUAGAACAGGAUUGAAAGCUGACCGGAGACGCAGGUAUGGAGAACAUGCCCCACCCACUCAGGACCGUGACCACGGGAAGCAGACUGGAAGCAGAUGGCUGGGCUGAACACUGCUUGUUUUGAGAAAAUGCAAACUUGAAGAUUAUUCACUCUACAUCUGCUAGGCAUACAGAAUUCAUUAGCUGCUAAAGGGGAAAGUAUUUAUUUGUCAGUGGUAUGUUUAUUUAAUGUGAUUUUUGUUUCUGUUUUGUAUUUUUCAGUAAUUACUAUUAUUGUGUGGCUGAUGUGAAGCUGCAGGCCUUGAGGUUUGUAGCUAUGGCAAUUCUGUACGAAUGGGUCACUACAGUAACAAUUGCUGAAUACCAAUAUAGGUUGUUUUGGAGGGUGUGGGAAAAUAAAAUGGAUUGAAAGACUA